AUGCCUUCUCCAUCAACAACUCACAAAGCCCCCAGCAGACCCUCGUCCGCCUUCGCCGCGGCAACCUCAAACCCUACCCCUCACACCACCACCAACCCCACUACAGGCCCCUCCUCGAUGUCCUCCUCGUCCAGCAAAUCCCGCCAAUACGCACACCUCCACUCCCAGCUCGCGCAGUUGAAUGCCCACCUCGCAGAUACAGAGAAUCUAGUGCGUAUGACGGCGGUUCAGGCGCAGGAUAUCCGAUUCCUGGGCGGCUAUGUCGGUGCGCUGUUCAUGGGAAGUGCGAAGGUGCUGGGGGAGGAGAGUCUGAGGCAGGGUCAGGGCCAGGGCCAGGGUAGAGGUAAAGAAGCUGCUGGUGGUGACGGAGAGACUUCAAAGAUUGGGGAGCAGCAGCGGCGGUGA